AUGGAUUACAAUGGAGAACUGAUACCAGGCACAGUGCUUCACUGGAACUACAGAGGAUUCACUGAAUUUCCUCUAAGUCAACUUGAAGGUGACGAAGCAGAUGUCACAGAUAUAUAUUUAAAGGAAAAUCUUUUAACACGUUUACCAAGUAACAUCGGUAUUUUGGAGCAUUUAGAGAGUUUGUAUGUAAGCGGUAAUGAUAUAACCGAGCUACCAAGAGAGAUAGCGAAGUUGCGAUGUCUCAAGUGUUUAGAUGUGAGUGGGAAUAGAUUGAAGCGUAUUCCUGAUGAAAUAGGCGAAGCGCGAAAUUUGAAGUUUCUAAUACUGGAUGAAAACGAGUUGGUGGAGCUUCCGUUAAGAAUUGGCGAACUGAGACGUCUACAGUACCUAUCGGUUUGUGAUAACAAGUUACGAUGGCUUCCUCAAAGACCUGUAUACAACUACCAUCACUGUGAGUUUAGAUUCUGGAGGAACACUUGUUUGAAGACUCUGCCGUACUCGCUGUGGUAUCACAUGUUUAGAGAUCAGCAAACUAGAUGUCUGAAUAUUGGAUGUUUAGGCACUGCUUCGAAUCAACCGAGCAAGAGAAUCAACAGCACAUGUAAAUUAAAAAUAUGUCGCGAUUCCGUAAAUUGGACGGUUUUAGUAGACCAUCCGGCUCAAUACAAUAUAAUAUCAGAACCAUCAACUAACUCACCGCCAAGUCUGUAUGAGAUGAGCAAAAGACAGUUCUAUCAAAUGAUAACGAAGGCUGUGAAAAAGCUGAACCCACAAACGUACAGUUUUUACUCAGAACAUGUGAGAGAAAAUCUUUAUAAUGAACACAAUAAUAACAUAAUAGUUUUACAAGAUAAUUUCCAAAACUUUACCAUCAUAAGCACUGAUAAAGAUAAUAACAAUUGUGAGAAAAGCGGCACCAAUCACAAGCCAACAAAGGAAGAACAAUUUAGCAAACCUUCGAAACCUUCGAAAGGUUAUUACGUGCCAGCAGAUAUUAUAAAAGAUCAUUUUAGUUUUCUACCUAAUUUUAUAAUGUCUGAUCUCAGCAACGGCCCUAUUUCAAGAUGCGAAAACGUGCAGUGCAAAGUACCAGUUUUUGACUACGCGUAUUUUGAAUUUUGUUUUGGGGAAAUCGUGCUUAUCGAUAAAAUUGAAGACAUUCUGCUCAGUGCCACAUUUUGUUCAAAGACUUGUGCUGACAUAUGGAAGAGGACUAAAAACACAAUAUCAUGGACUUUGUUGUGA